UUGUGAUUGGGGCUGGAGAGUGGAAUAAACCCUGCGAGCACAAAACCAAGGGCAUGGGUGGAACAAUGAAACGAAAUGACUUAACUGGCAGCACCAGGCCACAACAGGCCAGUCACAUGAGCAAGGUGGCUGGCAGGAAGUGCACAGGAGGGACAGAUGCACGGUCCCAGUCCCUGGGACGGGAGGCCUGGGCCUGAAGCUGGAAGGGGGAGCUGGGGCCAGUGAUUCUCAUCCCCUGCGCUUCCCUUCGCUGCACUGUGUGGCACACGAAUGAGUCGCAAUGGAGGCGAGCCUGGCCUCCACGCUGGCUGUCACGGCCGUGCUGUGGGCUCUGGGCCUUCCCCAAGCUGCUGCUGGGAGCAAGCCUGAAUGGACAGCAGCCCGGGCAGUCCCUGAUCUCUCCUGCUUGGACUCCAGCCGCAUCUACGAUCACCACGUGUGGAGCCAGCAGCCACCUGUUAAUCAUUUGUUCUGCCCACUGGACGAGCCGAGCCUCCAGCUCCUUCAGUCCAUACAGGACUUUAACCUCCAAUGGAGAAAAGACUGCCACCCGCUGAACCUCAGUACACAGGGCCACCUACACAGCACGCAACACACCAAUGGGACAGCCUACCUCACCUUCCUGCACCCGCAGGCCAGCGAUGCUGGGAACUACACCUGCACACUGUACCUAGGUGGCCAGAGAAACGCCUCCUUCACUACCAAACUGACCAUGAUAGACCUUUGCACUGUGCCACCUGAAGUCCUUUCCCCAUCCAGCAGUCAGACUUUGGAGCCUACUUUAGGGAGCCAGAUAACACUGAAUUGCACGGUGCGCCUGCCCUUUGAUGAACACUGCAACCCCAUCUUGAGCUGGAUGAAAGAUGGCCAUUGGUUAGGCAACGAGAGCAGCCAGUACACCCACGAGGAGAAAGCCUGGCGCAGUGAUAAUGCAUCAGAGAUGUUCAUGUCCAGCCUCCUGUCGGUGAAUCUGACAAGCGAUGAGAACUAUGGUGUGUUUGCCUGCCUGGCUAGGAACAUCACAGCCACAUUUACACUGCAGAGAUCAGAGGCUGCUGGGCAUGUAGGGGCAGUGCUGGCAGCCCUGGCAGUCCUGGCUCUACUGCUGUUUGUGGCCAUGAUCUACGUGAAGUGCCGCUUGAACAUGCUGCUCUGGUACAGGAACCACUAUGGAGAGCUAGAGCUCAAUGAUGGGAAACUCUACGAUGCCUACGUGUCCUACAUGAACUCCUCAGAUGACAGGAAGUUUGUGAACUUCAUUGUGAAGCCACAGCUGGAAAACCGUUAUGGCUACAAGCUCUUUCUAGAUGAUAAGACCAUCCUGCCCAACUCAGAGCCUUCGGCAGACCUGAUCAUGAAUGUCAGUCGGUGCAGACGCCUCAUUGUGGUUCUCUCCAAUGCAUACUUAGAGCAAGACUGGUGCAACAACAACUUCAGGGAAGGUCUAUGGAGACUAAUGGAGCUGUCCCAGAGACCCAUCUUCAUAGUUUUUCAGACUCAGUACCGGGAGAUAGUGCAUCCAGCCAUUAACUUGCUAAAGCAGCACAAGAAGGCUGUAACCCUGUUGCUCUGGCAGACUGGCUCAAUGACCCCUUCUUCAGACUUCUGGAAGGAGCUAUGUCUAGCCCUGCCACGGAAAGUUUCUUUCCAGCACUCCAUGGGAGAUCCUCAAACCCAGCUCCAGGAGGACAAGGACCCCAUGCUGAUUCUCCACAGCAGCUACCUGGAGCACCGAAGAGAACCCCAUCCUGAGGGAGACCCAGGCCUGCAAGGGCCCAUCUUCAGAGGCCCACCAACUCCUCGAGUGACCGGCUCUGAUGGACCAACAGCACUGGCAGGUGGCACGAUGGAAGAGGUGCAGUUGAGCGAGGGCCAGAGAAAUGAAAUAGAUGUCUCCGACCUGGGGUCUCGCAACUAUGGGGCGAGGACCGACUUCUACUGCCUUGUGACAGAGGAUGACCUCUGAAGGGAAGAAAGGCAGCAGGUGACUCUGUCAGCAUGGCGUCCCCCUGAGGAACAUGAGCCAUUCAACCAAGUUUCUUUAACCCAAAACCCUAGUAUGGCCUUCAGCACUCUGAUUCCUGCAUGCUCCCUACAGGGAGUCAAGCCUGGGAGACAGCCUGGUUUUCACCGGCCUCUUGAAGCCUUACAGCCCAGCAUAGACUCUAGGUACCUGCCUGUUAGAAGUGGUUUGACACCAAGGGGAGUUGUUGGCAGAAAAGAACUCAGCCUUUUGCCUGGAACUGUCUGAUAGCUCUGGUGGAAAGGAAAGCACUCAGGGAAAGCUGGUGCCUCAGGCUUCAGCAUGAGUUUAAGGAUUUGCUAGCCCUGCUGAAUGGGUUUUGCAGGAAUGGAUGCUGCUGAGGUGAUGGGGUUUGGCAUGAUCAGUAGAAUCUGUGAUUCAGUGUCUCAUGACUGGUUUCAACAAGCCACUGGAGCUUGUUGCAUAUGGUAUGGGGACAUGGCCACCACCCAGAAAGGCAAUGGGCUUAGUUCUCUUAGUAGAGCCCUGGGCCAUCGGCUGCAAUGCCUGGGGAAGAGGCCAGGCAGCAGGGAACCACGACUGAAGGAAGAAAACGGCGUGGCCUUACAGUAGCACAGUGGCCUAUCUACCCGACCCAGAGAGCUGAUAACAGGUGCUUCCUGGUGGAGGGGCAGGACCAGGGGCAUACAGCUCUCUCCAGGAAGUGCUCCUGGCCUGCCUGCCUCGCUCACUGGCAAGCUGCCCAGCAUGGUUGCUUGGGGUCUGCUAGCCCAUCUCUCACCAUUUCUGCCCGUUUCAUCAUUCCAAUUUCAGCAGUUCAAAUAAACAGUUGUCAUUUUAA